AUGGCAUCUCCGUGGCCACCCCGACGUCCACCACCUCCACCGCCGCCCCGUUCGCCUCGACGACCUGCUCCCCAGCCCUCUCGACGUCCAUCCGACGACUUUGUCACCCGCCUGCACAACACCUCGCUCAAUGCCCCGCCCAGCGAGCUGGCGCGCCUCUCUCGCCACGACUUUGCCCUGGAGGAUUCUCAGGCCAACGCUGACUCGAGCUCCUCCGAAUCUGAUAUCCACCCCUCCAGACCACGCCGUCGACCAGCCCAUUCUCGGUCUAUGAGCGUUCCUUUCCCGUCCCUCUUCUCCAGCAAGAAGAAGCAGCGUCCAGACCCGGUGCACGACGACGACUCCGACGACUCCCACAAUGACCCGCCCGUGACUCGAUCCGCAGCCAAGACACAUACAAGGGGCAACAUGAGCCAAGGCAACCGCGAUUUCGCCACCGGAAACUGCAUGACCUGCAACUCCCUCGUGCGCUGGCCGCGAGAUCUCAAGGUCUUCAAGUGCACCGUCUGCGUCACCGUCAACGACCUCAGCCCGGAGGAGCACGCCGGACACAGGUCUGGUGGCGUCCCGCAGUGGCUCCGGGGCGCCAACUCUUCCACCUCGUCCUCGUCCUCGCCCCCGGAUCAGCCUGCCCGCCCGGUCGACAAGAACGGCACCAAGGAGAUAUCAUUGGAACACACAAAGUCGUUAGUUCACAGCUGCCUUGAGAAGUAUCUGGUCCAGGUCGUGCGUCAAGGAAAUGCAGCAGAGAAGCAGCGAGGGCCGUCGUCAGGGCAUCCGCACUCGCCCAUCAUCCAGGAUGAUCAUUCGACCGGCCGCUGGAUAGCUACGAAUCCCGCGACACCGAAUUCUGUGUCGCAGAGGAUGCAGAAGGAGGAACCUGCAACUUGCAUGUUUAGCGAGCAACCGACACUUCGCCAAAACCCUCAUCAACAGUCUCCAAGAUCAUACUCAUCCUCCUACCCGGCUCGUCCAUUGGUGCACAGCAUUUUCGGAGAGGAGAGCAUCCGUCCUGCUGCACCUCUGCAGCCCGAAAUCGACGGAAAGCGACUUUUCAAGCCCUUGGAGGACUAUCUCGUGUCAUGCUUCAGCUCGCUGCAGUGUGUGAAUUCGUCGUUUCUUCCAGGCCGUCCACAUUACACUGCCCGACCGGAGAGUGAUGAUUCCCAACCUGUGUUCCCUGCACAAUCGACUGGCGACGCAACACGGCCGGUUUUUGCGCCUGAACCAAAGGGUAGAAAUGUACGACGACAAACCGCCGUGCCUCGAUCCGACUCCAAGUGUGCCGAGUCUCAAUCGCAGCUGGUUGAUCUGGAUCCCAAGCUGUUGCUGCUGGGUAACUUCGCGGAAAAUGGCAUGUGGUGGACAGGGAACCAAAAAGAGUCUCAACAGCAUGCGCAAUCAAAAGGACGCAAGACAUCAGAGGCUGCGCACUCAGUUGUCUCCAUGCGUUGCGCUCAGAUCGAAUGGGAUCAGGUCGCUUCAUGGUAUGCUACAUUACUCAAUGCGGCAGAGUCUUGGACUGCGAUUUAUGACAGCCUGUAUCAAGAGGAGGCAUUCGAGCCUCUAUCCGCCGCCGCACUGCAAGAUUUGGAAGACGUUCUACUCGCAGCGCAAGAACGAGUGCAAAGGGUCCUGCUCAAAGUGACCGAAAUGUUGCUCAAACGACCCGGGCGUGCCUUAACCGACCCCGAAGACAUGCGAUUCCUCCUCAUCUUGCUCGAAAACCCCCUAUUGUAUGCCAUACCGUCAUAUUAUCGGGGCUCCAAGCAACCAGGGACAGGCGGCUCGCGAGGCGGCAAGAACGGGAGCGAUUCAACUCAUGCGAGAGGCGGCCCAAUAUCUGGUCAACACUCUGGAGUCAUCAAACGGAUUCUGGGCCUCAUGUCGAAUGCCUCAAAUUCAUGUCAUACGCACCUCAUUGCAUGGUUUGCACGGUACCCCGAAUCCAGAUUCUCAAUAUUUAAGGACCUGACAAGCGGUUUUCUCACCUUUCGACUCAUUCGCCAGAACGAGAAGAAGUAUGAAGCCAAGGUCGACGUCAUUGAUGGCCUUAUACCUAACAUGAACACCGGUCAAUCUGCAGCCUCGCUUCAUGCAGCUCUCGGGACGUCGAGUUCAUCGAAAAAGAAGACGAAAGAGCAGCCGAAGAAGAUGAUAUACCAUGAUGACUGGCAGAUAAGAGCUGCCGCACGCGUCUUGGCUCUACUGUUCGCUGCCAAUAACACCUUGGGAGUCAGACGCGCAGAUGCAACCAUGCUGGGUAACUCCAGCGUCGUCCUGCGCGAGGGUGUUCAAGUAUUUGGUCAAGUCUUGCCAACCAGCGAUUUCUACAACAGCAUGAUAGACUAUGCUGACUUGAUCGCUGAUUUUGAGGCGUGGGAGACAAAGAGGAGCAAAUUUGCCUUUUGCCAGUAUCCAUUUCUACUCAGUAUUUGGGCCAAGUCUCAAAUUCUGGAAUACGAUGCCCGCCGUCAAAUGACUACGAAGGCGCGGGAUGCCUUUUUCGAUAGUAUCAUGACACGGAAGAAUGUCACGCAGCACUUGACACUUGACGUACGCCGUGACUGCUUGGUGGAGGACAGCCUGGCUGCUGUGAGCGAGGUGAUUGGCAGCGGUGGCGAAGACAUCAAGAAGCGCCUGCGCAUCGAAUUUAGAGGCGAAGAGGGCUACGAUGCAGGCGGUCUCCGCAAAGAAUGGUUUCUUCUCCUCGUCCGUGAGGUGUUCAACCCAGAGCACGGCCUGUUUACCUACGAUGAGGAGUCACAGCUUUGCUACUUCAACCCCAACUCUUUUGAGACGUCGGAUCAGUUCUUCCUCGUGGGGGUGGUCAUUGGGCUUGCCAUCUACAACUCGACCAUUCUGGAUGUGGCGCUUCCGCCAUUUGCCUAUCGCAAGCUGCUCGCUGCGGCGCCAAUCUCCCCAGUUCCAUCGUCUGCACACCCACGUCCUAUCAUGACGUAUAACCUUGAAGACUUGGCCGAGUGGCGCCCACGAUUAGCUGCAGGCCUUAAACAGCUGCUUGAUUACGAUGGUGACGUGGAGGAGACAUUUGGCCUCGACUUUGUUGUCCCAGUUGAUAAGUAUGGGACAGUGCUUCAGGUUCCCCUUUGUCCAGGAGGCGAAUGGAAGCCCGUCACGAACGCAAACCGACGAGAAUUCGUAGACUGCUACGUGCGCUACCUCCUGGACCACGCAGUCACCCGGCAAUUCGAGCCAUUCAAGCGCGGCUUCUACACCGUCUGUGGAGGCACCGCACUGUCCCUUUUCCGGCCGGAAGAGAUUGAGCUUCUGGUCCGGGGCUCAGACACAGCUCUUGAUAUCGACUCGCUCCGAGCUGCAGCUGAGUAUGACAAUUGGGGCAGUAAGAAUCCUGAUGGUACAGAGCCUGUCAUCGGCUGGUUCUGGGACACGUUCAAAAGCGCCAAACCUUCAGAACAACGAAAGCUCCUAUCAUUCAUUACCGGAAGUGACCGAAUACCCGCUAUGGGCGCUGCGCUCCUUCCGAUCAAGAUAUCCUGCCUCGGAGAGGACGAAGAACGUUAUCCCAUUGCUCGAACCUGUUUUAACAUGCUGUCUCUUCGCCGUUACGGCUCGCAAGAACGACUAGAGCACAUGCUCUGGACGGCUGUGCACGAAAGCGAAGGUUUUGGCUUGAAGUAA